AUGGCCAACAGCCAACUAUACUCAGUGAGCGAUUUCAGGAAGUACUUGUUGGAUAUUAGGCAGUUUACGAAUGAUUCCAUGCGGCGCACUAAAUUAGGACUGCACAUCUGCUCUGAACCUGAUGUAUCGUACGCUGAACUGAAUUUCAAGUCCCGCUCUGCGCCCCGAGUCCGGACAGAUAGAGAGGAUCCGAACUCCACCUACUCUGAUCUGAAAUUUCGGAAAGAGGAACCCCGCAUCGAUCAGCAUGAAUAUCCUUCCAUUGCCUCGGGACCCGGCGGGUUGUCAACCACUACACAAACAGCGGCGCAAGAACAGGAGUCGAAAGUGAAGAUCCGAAAUAGACGGUACCGUCUGACCUGCCUACUCUGCCUAAUUACUUCCGCCCUCAUGGUGGUAGUGGUGGGUCUCUCGAUUCAUGUGUCACAGAUUCGUCAGUCUUACGAAACAUGUCACCGAAACUCGAAUCUGUCCGAUCUUAAACGAAUGAACAGCGAUCUCCUUCACCAGUUCAAUGAGAUGGAAACCAAAGAAACCAAGACUCAAAUCUGUGAAUUGCUGACAAGCAGAAGAGGACUGUGGACCGGAACCUCCUGUACAAGCUGCCCUCUGGAGCGCCCGUCUGCAGACGGUGCGGAAGGAGUAUCAUGUGUGAUGGUGAUUGGCCGUCAAUCUGCGAGAAGUCGGCACCCUUGUUCCCAGAUAUUCCUGAAAAGAUCCAAGGUCUCUGUCAACAGCCAGUAAAGGAGACAUGAAUCAAGUGACUACCCCCAUUUUCUCCUCCUUCUUUCCCCUUCACUCUCACUCCUAAAUCCUUUCAAAUUCCCUCCCAGCAUUCUCUGCCCCUCCCUCCUACUCCAUCUCCUCUUGUUGCAACCAUGUUCUCCCCACCAGACACCGACAAUUCCCUCUCGCCGUCUAUCCCCUUCUCUCUCUCCAUUUCCACGUCCAGCUCUUCCCCGCUCCCUCUACAUUUCUCUACCCCCUCACCUCCCCUUAUUUCCUCGAACUUUCUCCGCCCGCUCUUUCUCUUCUCCCUCUGCACACUUCUUACAUCUCUCUCCCCUUCACUCCCCCAGACACUCUCUCUCCCCUCCCCGUUCUCUCUGAACCCUCCGUCUCCCUGAUCUCUCUCUCCCUCUCUCUUUCUGCUUUCCAUUCACUCUCACCUCAAUUCCUGUCCCGUCUGGUGCUCGAUAACCCAACCCUGGGUGAAAGACUGUCCGCAUUCCCUCUGUCUGUGCCCCUCUUGUACCAAGGCAGCGUGACCUCCCGAAUCCUGUACUCAGUGUGACUGGUGAAGAUUAACGGGUCAAGUGUCCUGUCCACUCGUAUCGGAUGUUUUCCUCAGGAAUCGCUAUUUCAUUUAUUAUCUGAAAUUUAUAACGUCUGGAAUUUGUACUUUUGAACUAUC